AUGGCAACCGCGAAAGCCGACAAGAUCGAAAAGAUCAUUGCCCGGCUGCAGGCGCGCAUCGAAGAGGGCCAGUUCUACGAGGCACAGCAGCAGACCCGGGUGGUGGCCGCGCGGUACACCAAGGCGGCCAACUGGUCCGCCGCCAUUGACAUCUUGUAUAAUGUUGCCCAGUCCCUGCUCAAGGCCGGCCAGGGCGGCAGUGGCGGCGACCUCAGCAUCCUGCUCGUCGAUACUUACAAGUCUGCCGAGCUAAAGCCCGAUGCCAGCAACAAGGGCAAGCUUCUGACUUGCCUGCGCCUGUUUGGCCCUGGCGAGCCGACGAGGAAGAAGUUUAUUGGAGAGAUUAUUACUUGGUCAUCCAAGUACGGCGAAUUCCCCGCCGGCGACCCCGAGCUACACCACGUUGCUGGCAGUCUUUACGCCGAAGAACACGAGACAUACGACGCUGAGCGCCACUUGGUAUUAGGCACAAAGGACUCGCCCGAGCUCCUGGCCAAGCUGGAGUAUGAGUGGUUCAAGGAGGACGAUUCGCACACGGCAGCUCUGUACGCCGGUCGAGCUAUUCUACCCUAUCUUCUUACCGCCAACAUACGGGCGGCCAACACGGCGUAUCGGUACUUUACGAGCUCCCUCAUCCAGGACAAGGGAAGCGCCAUCGGUGUUCAAGACGUCAGCAGCAACACAGCCGACAUUAGAAUAUUCCCGAGCAUCCCCCUCCUUAACUUCCUCGGCCUUCUUCUCAUGACCGUAUCGCGGCAGACCCCAGACCUCUACCGACAGCUGACGGCCAAGUAUGCGUCUCACAUUAACGAGGUGGAAGCAUGGCACGAGCCGCUGACCAUGAUUGCCGAGAUAUACUUUGGCAUCGAGAAACCAAGACAGAGCAACCCACUCAUGGACAUGAUGAGUGGCUUUUUCGGCGGAGGUGGUGGUGGUGGCGCCCCUGCCGGAGGCAGCAGGAGACCCGCCGUCAAGUCUCCUGCUUCGCUGCCGACCGCAGAGGGCCUGGACUAG